AUGGCGAUGUGGGGGCACGGUAGCAAGGGUAACCUUCUAGAGCCACACGAGAUCACUGGAGCCAAUGGUACCAUAGGCUAUGCAUGCCUUGUAUACGCCCUCAAGACGGGAUAUCGAGUGCGCUGCAUUGUCCGUCGCGAAAGCGCCAUUCAGGCUAUACGCUCUGGUCCUUCGGCGCAGCGGUAUUCCGAGUGCAUCGAGUAUGCAAUCGUGUCUGAUAAUGCAGCACCAGGUGCCUAUGACGAGGCUGUGGCAGGCGCACAUUACAUUGUUCACAUUGCAGGGGCAUGGCCAGUGCCAGCACAGACUUUGCAUCCUGAACAUGACAUUUAUCAUCCAUUCAUCAACUCCACCAAGGGUAUGAUUGAAGCUGCUACAAAAUCUGGCACUGUACGGCGCAUCGUCUUCACCCAAGCUGGCGCCGGUCUCGUCAACUCCGAGGACGGUGAUACGCUGGGGGCUGGGAUGGAACAAGUAUUGGACGGUACCUGGCCAUUUCUAAGCCGGCCUGUGAGCACAACUGACUCGGUUCUAGAAAAUGUAAACGUCAAUGCAGCAUCUCUUGCCUUUAGGCCACCGCUGACGUCGGUACACAAUGCGUAUUGCUCCGCCAAAGCUCAAUGCAUGAGCUACCUUGAUCAUCUUCGUCGGAGCAACACGCUUCCAUUUUCAAUUGCCCAAGUCAUUCCAGGUACCGUGAUUGGUCCAUCAGAGCUCACUACUUCAGCAACGCAGGCGCUCGCGCAACUAGAUCGCCAGUCAAAGGCGCUCCUAUUCGACAAUGUGAAGCCACGAUACGCCUUUGGCUUUGUUCAUCUCGAGGAUUGCGCACGAAUCCAUAUCGAGGCUCUGGAUGAGGAAAAAUCAGGGAGCAAAGAUUUGCCAAAAUGGUUCAUUGCUGCUGCGACUGAACAGCCAGGCCAAACGGGUGCGGAGGUUUGGUAUGCUGCCGCCGACAUGAUUGAACGAGAAUUCGGCCAGGAAAUCGACCGCGGAACUUUCAAAGUUGGCAGGUCAAAGACUCCCCUCAAUAUGCCAUUCCGGGCCGACUCUAGAUUGACUGAACGUCUAUUGUUGCAAGGCGAGAAGAUUCAGUAG